AUGCCGACCUCCUCCGACCCCUUCGAUUCCGGGGACGAAGGGCCGCAGGCGGGAGAUUGGCUGCUCUUCAACCACAAGAUCGAGCUGAAGAACACUUUCGUGCACUUCUCUGGGUUCAAGAGGACCGAAAAGCGCCGUGUCACGUGCCCCGGCUUGCUCCAGUCCAUGAUGUCGAGCGAAACCGUGGUGAUGACCGGUCUAUCGCAGUCGUUGCAGCCGGUGUUACGCGAAUCAAGCUCUGCCGGGACCGCCAGAACGCCAAGCCACACCUCUCCAGCGCAGGACGCGGCCCAGCCGCAAGAUCUUCAGCGCCCAGCCGGGACGCCGAGUAAGGUGAAGGACACCGACUUGGCACGCCAAAGGCAGCUGAACAAGGAUCUCAUCGCAGCCGCCUCCGGCCCUUACGCGGCCUUCCAGGUGCUGGACCUCAUCUCGAAUAAUUUGGAGACCAUGAAUGGCGUAAACCUGGCGACAGCCAUGCAUCGCAUCUCUCGUGCCUGCCAGGUGGAUGGCAUGGCUGGGCAGAUCAAGGAACACCCCAUCUUCCUCCGCCUCUUGCACACCACUGAGAAGGUGUUGUGCCAGACACUGCCAGACGGCAUGCCGCGCAUGCCGCCCAAGUGUUGCUCCGUCUUCGCAUGGUCCUGUGCCAAUCUUGGCAUCUUCAGAACCCAACUUCUUGCUCGGCUUGCGCUUACAGCCGCGAAGGGCUUGGAAGGCUGCGAGCCCCACGAAGUGACGAACCUCCUUUGGGCCUAUGCAACGGUCUGCAGGAAUCGAAAGAACAAGAUGGGGAAAGGACUGGAGGCGGCGGUGGCGGAGCUCAUGAAGGCUUCCUUAGCAUUCCUGAUGCCCGAAAGGGUUCGGGCCUGGAAGCCGCAGAUCUUGAUGUCUGCCCUGGUGUCUUUGGUGGGGCUUCCGUGGCAGCCCUCCAGCCAGAAGGUCGUGUCUGAUAUCCUGGAUGCACUAGCCAUGCAGCAGGGGCAGCUCCUCGCAGAGAACACUCGUCCAAUUUCAAUUUUCUUCGAGGAGCUUCGCAAGAGACAGGCGCAGGUGGCCCUGGACAUCGUACAGGCUACUUCUCAGAAAUGGCCAGGCUUCAUGCAGCAAUUCGCUCGUGGAACCUGUCACAAAGGGCACGGUCGAAAGAAUCGGAAAGCCUAA